GUUAAGGACGAGGAAAGAAAAGUAGUGAGGCAUGGCUCUUUCUCAGGAACGAUUGACCUCUGAGGACGUGGCCAUCGAAUUCACUCAGGAGGAGUGGGAAUUCCUGGACCCUGCUCAGAGGGCCUUGUACAGGGACGUGAUGCUGGAGACCUACAGGAACCUGCUGUCUGUGGGUGAGGAUGACUUUGAUCUGAAUAUUAUCUCCAUAUUGGAGCCUGAGAAAAAGCUCUGGACAGUGGGGAGUGAUGUAUACAGCAGUUUACAAGACACUCAAUAUAGUUCCCUGAGCUAUAUCGAAAAUAUGUGUGACUUUGAGUGUCAGAGGAGAGAUGACAAAAGAAAUUACAAAGGCACACCUGUAAGCUUUAAUGGAAAUGUGCCUGAUGAAAGAGAUUCGCAUGAUAGAAAGGAUGCAGGCAUCAAGCCCUUUGUAAAGAGGUUUGGAUUUAUCUUUCAGGAUAAACUGCAGAUAUUUCAAACUGGCGGGAUAAGUUCUGAAUAUAAUGAAGUUAAGAGUUCUGUCAACAACAGUUUCUCAUUUUCACCAGUUCAAAGAAUUCCUCCUUGUGUCCAAACCAGUGUUUCUAAUAUAUAUGGGAAAGAUUUUAUGAAUCCUUCAGGAAUAACACAAGAACUCAAAGCACACAGGGAAAAACCUUACAAAUGUGAUGAGUGUGGCAGGGCCUUUAUUCACAGCUCAGACCUCAAGAGACAUAAGAAAAUUCAUACAGGAAAGAAAUUAUUUAAAUGUGAUAUAUGUGACAAAGUCUUCAGCAAAAAUUCAAACCUUGCUCGUCAUCAGACGGUUCAUACUGGAGAAAAACCAUACAAAUGUGAUGAGUGUGGCACGGCCUUUCGCCUGAAGUCAACCCUUUUAACUCAUCAGACAGUUCAUACUGGUGAGAAACCUUACAAAUGUAAUGAGUGUGGCAAGGCCUUUAUUCACAGCUCAGACCUCAGGAGACAUAAGAAAAUUCAUACAGGAAAGAAAUUAUUUAAAUGUGAUAUAUGUGACAAAGUCUUCAGCCAAAAUUCAAACCUUGCUCGUCAUCAGACGGUUCAUACUGGAGAGAAACCUUACAAAUGUGAUGAGUGUGGCAAGGCCUUUCGUGCAAAGUCAACCCUUUUAAGGCAUCAGACAGUUCAUACUGGAGAGAAACCUUACAAAUGUGAUCAGUGUGGCAAGGCCUUUCGUGUAAAGUCAACCCUUUUAAGGCAUCAGACAGUUCAUACUGGAGAGAAACCUUACAAAUGUGAUGAGUGUGGCACGGCCUUUCGUGAAAAGUCAAUCCUUUUAACUCAUCAGACAGUUCAUACUGGAGAGAAACCUUACAAAUGUGAUGAGUGUGGCAAGGCCUUUCGUCUAAAGGCAAACCUUUUAAGUCAUCAGACAGUUCAUACUGGAGAGAAACCUUACAAAUGUGAUGAAUGUGACAAGGCCUUUGCUGUAAAGUCAAACCUUUUAAGUCAUCAGACAGUUCAUACUGGUGAGAAACCUUACAAAUGUGAUGAGUGUGGCAAGGCCUUUCGUGUAAAGUCAAACCUUUUAACUCAUCAGACAGUUCAUACUGGUGAGAAACCUUACAAAUGUGAUGAGUGUGGCAAAGCCUUUCGUGUAAAGUCAUCCCUUUUAAGUCAUCAGACAGUUCAUACUGGAGAGAAACCUUACAAAUGUGAUGAGUGUGGCAAGGCCUUUCGUGUAAAGUCAACCCUUUUAAGUCAUCAGACAGUUCAUACUGGAGAGAAACCUUACAAAUGUGAUGAGUGUGGCAAGGCCUUUUGUGUAAAGUCAACCCUUUUAAGUCAUGAGACAGUUCAUGCUGGAGAGAAACCUUUCAAAUGUGAUGAUUGUGUCAAGGCCUUUCGUGUAAAGUCAGCCCUUUUAAGUCAUCAGACAGUUCAUACUGGAGAGAAACCUUACAAAUGUGAUGAGUUUGGCAAGGCCUUUCGUGUAAAGUCAACCCUUUUAACUCAUCAGACAGUUCAUACUGGUAAGAAAACUUACAAAUGUGAUGAGUGUGGAAAAGCCUUUCGUGUAAAGUCAAUACUUUUAAGUCAUCAGACAGUUCAUACUGAAGAGAAACCUUACAAAUGUGAUGAGUGUGGCAAGGCCUUUACUGACAGCUCACACCUCAGAAGACAUAAGAAAAUUCAUACAGGAAAGAAAUUAUUUAAAUGUGAUAUAUGUGACAAAGUCUUCAGCCGAAAUGAACACCUUGCUGGUCAUCAGAGGGUUCAUUCUGGAGAGAAACCUUACAAAUGUGAUGAGUGUGGCAAAGCCUUUACUCACAGCUCACACCUCAGGAGACAUAAGAAAAUUCAUACAGGAAAGAAAUUAUUUAAAUGUGAUGUAUGUGACAAAGUCUUCAGCCGAAAUGAACACCUUGCUGUUCAUCAGAGGGUUCAUACUGGAGAAAAACCUUACAAAUGUGAUGAGUGUGGCAAGCAUUUUAGUCAACCUUCACAUUUCACAAGUCAUAAGAGAUUUCAUACUAGAGAGAAACCUUAUAAAUGUGAUGAGGGUGGCAAGCACUUUAGUCAACCUUCACAGUUCAUAAGUCAUAAGAGAUUUCAUACUGGAGAGAAACCUUACAAAUGUGAUGAGUGUGGCAAGGCCUUUCUCUUCAGCCGAAAUGAACACCUUGCUGGUCAUCAGAGGGUUCAUACUGGAGAGAAACCUUACAAAUGUGACGAGUGUGGCAAGCAAUUUAUUCGGGCUUCACAGUUCAUAAGUCAUCAGAGGGUUCAUUCUGGAGAGAAACCUUACAAAUGUGAUGAGUGUGGCAAGGCCUUUCAUGAAAAGUCAAUCCUUUUAAGGCAUCAGACAGUUCAUACUGGAGAGAAACCUUACAAAUGUGAUGAGUGUGGCAAGGCCUUUCGUGUAAAGUCAACCCUUUUAAGUCAUCAGACAAUUCAUACUGGUGAGAAACCUUACAAAUGUGAUGAGUGUGGCAAGGCCUUUUCUGACAGCUCAAGCCACAGGAGACAUCAGAAAAUUCAUACAGGAAAGAAAUUAUUUAAAUGUGAUAUAUGUGACAGAGUCUUCAGCCGAAAUGAACACCUUGCUGGUCAUCAGAGGGUUCAUACUGGAGACCAGCCUUACAAAUGUGAUGAGUGUGGCAUGGCCUUUCAUGAAAAGUCAAUCCUUUUAAGGCAUCAGACAGUUCAUACUGGAGAGAAACCUUACAAAUGUGAUGAGUGUGGCAAGGCCUUUCGUGUAAAGUCAAUCCUUUUAAGGCAUCAGACAGUUCAUACUGGAGAGAAACCUUACAAAUGUGAUGAGUGUGGCAAGGCCGUUCGUGUAAAGUCACCCCUUUUAAUGCAUCAGACAGUUCAUACUGGAGAGAAACCUUACAAAUGUGAUGAGUGUGGCAAGGCUUUUCGUGUAAAGUCACCUCUUUUAACUCAUCAGACAGUUCAUACUGGAGAGAAACCUUACAAAUGUGAUGAGUGUGGCAAGGCCUUUCAUGAAAGGUCAAUCCUUUUAAAGCAUCAGACAGUUCAUACUGGAGAGAAACCUUACAAAUGUGAUGAGUGUGGCAAGGCCUUUCGUUUAAAGUCAAUCCUUUUAAGGCAUCAGACAGUUCAUACUGGAGAGAAACCUUACAAAUGUGAUGAGUGUGGCAAGGCCUUUCGUGUAAAGUCAACCCUUUUAACUCAUCAGACAGUUCAUACUGGUGAGAAACCUUACAAAUGUGAUGAGUGUGGAAAAGUCUUCGGUCAAAAACCACAUCUUCAACUUCACUGGAGAAUUCAUACUGGAGAGAGACCUUUCAGAUGUAAUGAGUGUGGCAAGUUCUUCAGUCAAAAUUCACACCUUAAAAGACAUCAGAGAAUACAUAUAGAGAAACCUUUAAAAUAUUAUGAGUGUGGAAAAUCCUUUACUCAGGUCUCAGCACUCACUAAACAUCAGAAAAUCCAUGCAUGAGAGAAACUAAUGUGAAUGUGGUAUAUGGUAGAAGUCUUCAAAAUUCAAAGUUCAAA